GCAGGCCCCCUCCUCCUUCCUCCCUCGCCCGGCCUCCUUCCUCGCCGCCCGCCCGUCCGCUCUCUCUCUCUCGGCUGCUCCGACGCCAGCAGCGCCCGCGCGCCCAGCCCCGGGGGAACCCGAGGAAGUUUCCCGGCCGCGCGCCCUCCUCCCUCGCCUCGCAGCCCCGCGGCCUCACCCGCCGCCGCGCCCGCCAUGCCCUCGGCCAAACAAAGGGGCUCCAAGGGCGGCCACGGCGCCGCGAGCCCCUCGGAGAAGGGCGCCCACCCGUCGGGCGGCGCGGAUGACGUGGCGAAGAAGCCGCCGCCGGCGCCGCAGCAGCCGCCGCCGCCCGCGCCGCACCCGCAGCAGCACCCGCCGCAGCACCCGCAGAACCAGGCGCACGGCAAGGGCGGCCACCGCGGCGGCAAGUCCUCCGCCGCCGCCGCCGCCGCCUCGUCCUCGGCGUCCUGCUCGCGCAGGCUGGGCCGGGCGCUCAACUUUCUCUUCUACCUCGCCCUGGUGGCGGCGGCCGCCUUCUCGGGCUGGUGUGUCCACCACGUCCUGGAGGAGGUCCAGCAGGUCCGGCGCAGCCACCAGGACUUCUCCCGGCAGCGGGAGGAGCUGGGUCAGGGCUUGCAGGGCGUGGAGCAGAAGGUGCAGUCUCUGCAAGCCACAUGUGGGACUUUUGAGUCCAUCCUGAGAAGCUUCCAGCAUAAACAUGAUCUCACUGAGAAAGUCGUGAAGCAAGGGGAGACUGAGAUUAGCCGGAUCAGUGAAGUUCUGCAAAAACUCCAGAAUGAGAUUCUCAAAGACCUCUCGGAUGGGAUCCAUGUGGUGAAGGACGCCCGGGAGCGUGACUUCACGUCCCUCGAGAACACGGUGGAGGAGAGGCUGACCGAGCUCACCAAAUCCAUCAACGACAACAUUGCCAUCUUCACCGAGGUCCAGAAGAGGAGCCAGAAGGAAAUAAACGACGUCAAGGCGAAGGUUGCCUCUCUGGAAAACUCCGAGGGGCACAAGCAGGAUUUGAAAGCCUUGAAGGAAGUUGUGAAGGAAAUACAAACCUCGGUGAAGUCCAAAGAAAAGGACAUGGAGGCCCUCAGAAGCACCCUCCAGACCAUGGAGUCUGAUGUCUACACCGAGGUCAAAGAGCUGGUGAGCCUCAAACAGGAGCAGCAGAAGUUCAAGGAGGCUGCCCAUUCGGAGCACCUCACGUUGCAGGCCCUCACGGAGAAGGUCCUCCAGGCGGAGGAGGCCGCUGCCCGCCUCCCCGAGGAGAUCAGGAGACUGGAGGAGGAGCUGCGCCAACUCAAGGCCCAGUCCCUCAGGCCGGAGGAAGACGGGGUUUUCAACUCCGACGCCUUAGACGUGCUCCAGAGAAAGAGCCAGGGCCUGGACUCCCGCCUGCAAACUGUGGAAGAUGGCGUCCAGGCCAUGCAGGGGGCCUCUGCCCGGCAGCGCGACAGCCUGGAGUCCCUGCUGGCCAAGAGCGAGGAGUAUGAGCAGCGCCUGGCCACCCUGCAGGAGCGCCUGCAGGCCCUGGGCUCCUCCUCGGAGGAGCAGGGCGGCCUGGCCAGCACCGUGAGGAGCCUCGGGGAGGCCCAGCUCUCCCUCUAUAGCGACGUGGAGGAGCUCAAGAGAAGCGUGGGUGAGCUCCCCAGCACCGUGGACGCGCUCCAGAAGGUUCAAGAGCAAGUCCACACGCUGCUGGGUCAGGACCAAGCCCAGGCGGCCCGCUUGCCUCCUCAGGACUUCCUGGAUAGACUUUCUUCUCUAGACCACCUCAAAUCCUCAGUCAGCCAAGUGGAAUCGGACUUGAAAAUGCUCAGGACUGCCGUGGACAGUUUGGUGGCAUACUCAGUGAAAAUAGAAACCAACGAGAACAACCUGGAAUCAGCCAAGGGUUUGCUCGAUGACCUGAGAAAUGACCUGGAUAGGUUGUUUGUGAAAGUUGAAAAAAUUCAUGAAAAAGUCUAAAUCAAUGGUGUGUGCAGGGCGUGGAUCGAAAGUUCAAUUUCUCAUGACCAAAAAAAGGUGUUGUUUUUCUCCCUCGUGGGCCCUCCCCCAACCCCCGCCGUCCCCCACAUUCUUGUCCCUCUUAAAGAGCGGUGGACAAAACUUGGAACACCAAGGCAUUUUGUAUUUUUGUGCCCAGUUAAUUUAUUUACAAUUAUUACCACACACCACUGGUUUCUCAAGUUUUCUGCUUCUGCUUUUGUUUGGUGUCUUGAAGGCCCAGCCCCUGUGGAUCAGAGAUGCCUGUUAACAGGGUUGUGUCUUCUAUCAGAGAAGAACAGUAAUGGCUUCAACUGAGGAUUAACAGAAGCAGAUUAACGCUACCCUCAAAAGAGCCUGGCUGGCUGGCCGAUUUCAAAUAAAAGAAAAAGGGCGGGGAGGAGGCAUUUUUCUUUUUAAUGGUCUUUAAAUUUUUUUUUUUUUUAUACUUCUGGCCGAAGUUUUCAUGAGAUGUCACUCCUUGUCUUCCACUUUAAACUGGUUAAAACUCAUAAAUAUCAGCUUCGAAUAGGGAGGGGGAUGAGUCUUGUAUUUUUUAGUUGAAAGGAAGCAGCUGCUUGCCGGCCGCCUUCCGUGGUGUGGGUGUCUUUUCGUUUCCUGAGUCAUCCCAGUGAUGCAAAGAUAACUAUGCAAAGAAUCCAGAGGGUUCUGAAUGUGAAGGCACAACACCCCACAGAGUCCCCUGUGGCCAACCUGUGUCACCUCUUGGUAGGGCCCCUAAAGAACGCUAGGUAUAGAAUCCCUGAAAGGGGAGUCCUUGGAUUCUUUCAGGCAGUGUCCACAAAGGCAUGGGCCAUCUCCCUGGGGAAUGGAGGCCACGUCUUUUUCUUUUACCACAAUGUCCAUGAAGAGGUCUGCUGUCAGAGCGGACCCCCAUCUGUGAGGAACGUGUGCAUUUUUCUGUAGUUGAUUACUGUUUCCCUUUCCCUAUGAGCUGUACUGUUCUUUAAUGGCUGUCUUGCCCUUCAAAAAAGAAAAAAAGAAAAAAAAAUGAAAAGAAAAAGAUAAAAAAAGGUUUGUUUAGUUUACUGUGAAAUGAACUGUAUGGCUUAUUUACAGUAUUUUUAAUUCUUAAUAAACACUUGAGCUUUGUUA